GGAUCAGCUCGGUCUGCGACAAUAUAUUGAUAUCCUGGUUACCACGAAUGAGAUCGGCAGGUCGAAGGUCGAAAGACUGUUCGAGAUUUUUCUGGAUACAUAUCAAAUUCAAGCUCGAGAAAUUGUCUACAUUGGAGAUAAUGCGGUGCAGGACGUGCUUCCCGCACGGGGAGGCAGGGAUUGAUGCUAUUCGAUAUGGUUGAGUUUAUUAUAGAUCGCGGUUGAAUGUGGAGUUCCAUCUGCACAUCUCAAUUUCCCACUUCCGUCGCCAAGCGCGUGCCAGAACGAUGCAAAUCCAUUCGCGGUUAAAACAAACAGCCAAGAACAAUGUUGAUAUUGGCUUGGCGACGUGCAGUGUAGUAUCGAUUGUCAAUUUAACUCAAUGGCAUUGUCUGAGCGAUUUUCCAAAAUGUAAGAUUAUAAAUAAGUCUUUUCCCCCAAGUAAACAAUGGUCUUUCAAAUCAAACCAACCUAAGAUGUUUUUCCCUCUUCUCCUCGCCGGCGUGGCAGCCGCUGUCCCCAUCCAACAUGGCAAUGUCAGCACCAGCACCAUCACCAACAUUCAAGUCGGGCCUCGUCCAUAUUUCCUCGUCGAUAAGAUGGACCCCAGCCCCCUGAAAACAAAAUUGCAAUCCUGCGCUGAGAAACCAAUUACCUCGUCUCCCGCGUUUGCCAUCUCUCACCGUGGAGGACCCCUGCAAUUUCCCGAACACAGUCGUGAAGGAAUGCUCGCUGCAGCUCGAAUGGGGGCGGGAAUCAUCGAAUGUGAUGUGUCCUUCACAUCUGACGAGGAGCUAGUCUGUCGGCACUCGCAGUGCGAUCUGCACACGACUACGAAUAUCCUCACUAUCCCUUCUCUGGCGAAGAAAUGCACGACCCCUUUCACGCCCGCGAAAGAUGGUAAAUCAGCCACAGCGAAAUGCUGCACUUCCGACAUCACACUGAGCGAAUUCAAAUCGCUCUGCGCGAAAAUGGACUCCUCCAACGCCUCUGCGACCACACCGCAGGAAUACCAGGGCGGAACGCCUGAUUGGCGGACAGAUGAAUAUGCCACCUGCGCGACCCCAAUGGAGCAUAAUGAGUAUAUAUCUCUCAUUGAUUCCUUGGGACUGCAGUUCUCUCCGGAAUUGAAGGCGCCCCAGGUUGCAAUGCCGUUCCACGGGAACUAUACACAGCAGAUCUAUGCGCAGCAGAUGAUUAAUGAUUACAAGAACCGUGGAAUUGACCCAUCGCGCGUCUGGCCGCAGUCCUUCCAAGAAGACGAUAUCUUUUACUGGAUUGACCAUGAGCCCGCGUUUGGAAAGCAGGCCAUCUAUCUCGAUGAGCGGGUCGAUUCGCCUGAGAACUAUACCAAGGCUGUGCAGAGCUUUCCUGAUCUCGCGAAGCGCGGAGUGAAGAUUAUGGCUCCCCCGAUCUGGGCGCUGCUUAACGCCACCAGCGAGGGUGAGAUCGUUCCCUCUCAAUAUGCGGUUGAGGCGAAGAAGGCAGGCCUGGACAUCAUCACCUGGUCGCUGGAACGGUUUGCGCCCCUGAAACAGGCUGCGGCGCAGAAGGACUAUUAUAUCCAGUCUAUUGCAAGCGCUAUUAAGGGCGAUGGCGAUAUGUAUCGCAUUGUGGAUGCGUUGGCGAAGAAGGUUGGCGUGAGAGGCAUGUUUUCGGAUUGGCCUGCUACUGUUACUUAUUAUGCGGCUUGUAUGGGUUAUCAAUAGAUAGAUAGACAGACAGACAGAUAGAUAG